AUGGCCCAUAGUUAUGAGGUCGGCACUGCUGCAUGGCAGCCAGACCCGACAGAGGGCUGGGUGGCUUCGGAGGUCACGGAGAAGAAUGUCGAUGGCGACAAGGUGACGCUCGUAUUCUAUCUGGAAAAUGGAGAGUCAAAAACCACCGAAACCACUCUUGCCGAGCUGCAGGUGCCAAACAAUCCAUCGUUACCACCCUUAAUGAACCCGGCGAUGCUGGAAGCGAGCGAAGAUCUUACGAAUCUGUCACACUUGAAUGAGCCUGCUGUCCUACAGGCUAUCAAGUUGAGGUAUUCCCAGAAGGAGAUAUAUACAUACAGUGGUAUCGUCCUUAUCGCAACCAAUCCGUUUGCUCGCGUCGAUUCUCUCUAUGUUCCACAGAUGGUGCAGGUCUAUGCCGGAAAGCAGCGUGCGUCGCAAGCACCACAUCUUUUUGCCAUUGCGGAGGAAGCCUUUGCGGACAUGUUGCGAGACGGCAAGAACCAGACAAUUGUGGUAUCCGGUGAAUCAGGAGCUGGAAAGACUGUCAGUGCAAAGUACAUCAUGCGGUACUUUGCCACGCGAGACUUUUCAGCAGACCAACCCGGACGAUUUACGACAGGCAGGUCCGAGACUAUCAGCAAGACAGAGGAGCAAAUUUUGGCUACGAAUCCGGUCAUGGAAGCUUUUGGAAACGCAAAAACCACGCGAAAUGACAAUUCUUCCCGCUUCGGAAAGUACAUCGAGAUUAUGUUUGACGAGAAAACCAACAUCAUUGGAGCGAAGAUCAGAACAUACCUCCUGGAGCGAUCGAGGCUAGUCUUCCAGCCGCUCAAGGAGCGAAAUUAUCAUAUUUUCUACCAGCUUGUCGCCGGAGCCACAGAGGCCGAACGUGAGGAACUGGGACUUCCUUCAGUAGAGGAGUUUGAAUACUUGAACCAAGGAGCAACGCCCAUUAUCGACGGAGUGGAUGAUAAAGCCGAAUUUGACGCUACUCGCCAAUCUCUAACGACCAUUGGCGUUGCUGACGAUACUCAAUCCUCUAUUUUCCGAAUCUUGGGGGCUCUGCUUCAUUUGGGAAAUAUGAAGAUAACGGCCACACGAACGGAUUCGUCACUUUCCCCAACUGAGCCGUCUCUCGUGCGAGCUUGCGAAAUGUUGGGUAUCGAUGUCAAUGAGUUCGCCAAGUGGAUUGUGAAGAAACAGCUUAUCACCCGAGGAGAGAAAAUUACGUCAAACCUAACUCAGCAACAAGCCAUCGUUGUUCGAGACUCUGUCGCCAAAUUCAUUUACUCGAGCUUGUUUGAUUGGCUAGUAGACAAAAUCAACCGCGCUCUCGCUACUGAUGAAGUUAUGAGUCAAGUGAAAGCGUUUAUUGGUGUUUUGGAUAUCUACGGUUUUGAACAUUUCGCCAAGAACUCCUUUGAACAAUUCUGUAUCAACUACGCAAACGAAAAGUUGCAGCAAGAGUUCAACCAACACGUUUUUAAGUUAGAACAGGAAGAAUACGUCCGUGAAGAAAUUGAUUGGACAUUCAUCGACUUUUCCGACAAUCAGCCCUGCAUCGACCUCAUUGAAGGCAAACUUGGUGUCCUAGCCCUACUUGACGAGGAAUCUCGCCUGCCUAUGGGUUCCGAUGACCAGUUUGUCACAAAACUUCAUCACAACUUUGCAGCAGAUAAGCAAAAGUUUUACAAGAAACCUCGGUUCGGAAAAUCUGCUUUUACUGUCUGCCAUUAUGCCGUGGAUGUGACAUACGAAUCCGAAGGUUUUAUUGAAAAGAACCGAGACACCGUUCCCGACGAACACAUGGAAAUUCUCAAGAACUCGUCCAAUUCCUUUGUCAAGGAAGUCCUGCAAGCCGCCUCCGUGGUUCGAGAGAAAGAUUCCGCGUCAAUGUCCUCGAAAGCCGUGGCAGCGCCGGGUCGACGAAUUGGUGUGGCGGUUAAUCGAAAGCCAACGCUAGGAGGCAUCUUCAAAUCGUCACUCAUCGAGCUCAUGCACACGAUAAACUCGACGGACGUACACUAUAUCCGGUGUAUCAAGCCAAACGAGGCCAAGGAAGCGUGGAAGUUUGAAGGCCCUAUGGUCCUCAGUCAGCUCAGGGCUUGUGGUGUGCUUGAAACUGUGAGGAUCAGUACAGCUGGUUAUCCUACCAGAUGGACAUACGAAGAGUUUGCCCUUCGGUAUUACAUGCUCUGCCAAUCUUCCCAAUGGACAUCGGAAAUCAAAACAAUGUGCCAUGCCAUUCUGCGCAAGGCCCUUGGGGACGUUAGCCAUCAGAAGCAGGACAAGUAUCAGCUUGGUCUGACGAAAAUUUUCUUCCGUGCUGGCAUGCUUGCUUUCCUGGAGAACCUGAGAACCUCGAGGCUGAACGAGUGUGCCAUUAUGAUCCAGAAGAACCUGAAAUGCAAGUACUAUCGGCGCCGUUACCUAGAAGCUCGUGAGUCAAUCUUGACAACGCAAGCUGUGAUCCGUGGCUUCUUGGCGAGACAGUUGGUAGAAGAUAUGCGACGGGUCAAGGCCGCAACCACCAUUCAACGAGUCUGGAAAGGCCAGAGACAGCGCAAGCAGUACAAUGAGAUCCGAAACAAUAUUGUGCUCUUCGAGUCUCUUGCCAAGGGCUUUCUUCGUCGACGAAACAUCAUGGACACCAUUCUUGGCGAUGCUGCAAAGACAAUCCAACGUGCGUUCCGCUCUUGGCGACAACUGCGUGACUGGCGUCAAUAUCGCCGGAAGGUCGUCAUUGUUCAGAAUCUAUGGAGAGGCAAGCAGGCUAGACGGCAAUACAAGAAGCUGCGUGAGGAUGCUCGUGAUCUGAAGCAAAUCUCGUACAAGCUAGAAAACAAGGUGGUCGAGCUUACUCAGAACGUGGGUUCGCUGAAGAGGGAGAACAAGUCGCUCCUAGGCCAGCUAGAAAACUACGAAAGUCAACUGAAGUCGUGGCGUAGUCGCCACAAUGCUUUGGAAACACGUUCAAAGGAACUGCAAGCCGAAGCCAACCAGGCCGGUAUCACAGCCGCACGCCUCUCAGCGAUGGAAGAAGAGAUGACCAAGCUACAGCAGGCUCACAGCGAGUCUCUCUCAACCAUCAAACGGCUCCAGGAAGAAGAAAAGAUCGCACGCGAGUCUAUUCGUAUCUCUGAUCUGGAGCUGGCGAAACUGAAAGAGAUUAACUCCACCCAGGAGAAUGAAAGGUCUUCACUACGUCAUCAGCUUACGGAGCUCCAGGAGCAGCUUGAGGUUGCAAAGCGAUCAGGCAUUGCGAAUGGCACCAACGGAGACUUGCAAAAUGGAACUGCUGUUUCGGCUCCUGUAAAUGGCCUUAUCAAUUUGGUAUCCUCCAAGAAGCCUAAACCAAAAAGAAGGAGCGCUGGGGCAGAGAAGAUCGACACAGACCGUUUCAGCGGUGCAUACAACCCUCGACCAGUGUCUAUGGCCGUUACCAACACCAACUUGCGUCAACUCGCGUCUGGGCCAAAUUACUCUUCAGGUGACGACACGAUUGAAACAGAGCUUGAAAACCUCCUGUCCGAAGAGGACGACUUGAACGAAGAAGUGACCGUGGGUCUUAUCCGCAACUUGAAGAUACCAUUGCCUGGCGCCAACCCCCCGCCAACCGAAAAGGAAGUGCUAUUCCCUUCGUAUCUUAUCAAUCUUGUCACUUCGGAGAUGUGGAACAACGGAUUCGUCAAAGAGUCCGAGCGGUUCCUUGCAAAUGUCAUGCAAUCUAUCCAGCAAGAAGUUAUGCACCAUGAUGGUGACGAGGCUAUUAACACUGGCUCGUUCUGGCUUUCCAACGUCCACGAGAUGCUCUCGUUUGUCUUCUUGGCCGAGGACUGGUAUGAAGCUCAAAAGACUGACAAUUAUGAAUACGAUCGCUUGUUGGAAAUCGUGAAGCACGAUCUCGAAAGUCUAGAGUUCAACAUUUACCAUACUUGGAUGAAGGUGCUGAAAAAGAAGCUUUACAAGAUGAUUGUACCUGCUAUUAUAGAAUCUCAAUCGCUUCCCGGGUUUGUCACAAGCGAGACCAACCGUUUCCUAGGCAAGCUUUUGCCAUCGAACAACACCCCUGCCUAUAGCAUGGACAACCUCCUUAGUCUGCUCAACAACGUUUUCAAGGCGAUGAAGGCGUACUAUCUCGAGGACAUGAUCAUCAAUCAGAUGAUUACGGAACUCUUGCGUCUUGUUGGAGUCACUGCGUUCAAUGAUUUGCUGAUGCGGAGGAAUUUCCUCUCCUGGAAGCGUGGGCUCCAAAUCAACUACAACAUCACACGGAUUGAGGAGUGGUGCAAGAGUCACGAUAUGCCUGAGGGGACCCUGCAGCUUGAGCAUCUUAUGCAAGCAACAAAGCUUCUUCAACUAAAGAAGGCAACCUUGAAUGAUAUCGAGAUCAUUCAAGAUAUCUGCUGGAUGCUCUCUCCCAACCAGAUUCAAAAGCUUCUGAAUCAAUACCUGGUUGCAGACUACGAACAGCCCAUCAAUGGCGAAAUCAUGAAGGCUGUUGCGUCUCGUGUCACAGAAAAGAGCGAUGUGCUUCUCCUUACUGCUGUGGAUAUGGAGGACAGCGGGCCAUAUGAAAUUGCCGAGCCCCGUCUCAUCACCGCUUUGGAGACCUACACUCCUUCCUGGCUUCAAACCCCACGGCUAAAACGCCUUGCUGAGAUUGUGUCUGCCCAAGCAAUGGCACAACAGGAGAAGGCUGACGUCUCCGACAACGGUGCAACUGAUGCUGAGUGA